AUGAAGAAGAGAGAGGAGAGAAAGGAAUCUGCACAGAGACAUGGUGAUGAUGAUAGUGUCCAAGAAGAAACAACAACUGAACUUGCACAACAGAAACAGACAAAGAAGAAACAGACAACAAAGAAGACAAGCAAGAUUGAAAAGGAAGAGGCCAUUGAGGAGUUGGACGAGGACGAUGAUGAUGACUUUGAUGAAUCAAUGAUCGAUACAAAGAGUGUACUGGAGGGUAUCGACCUGAAAACCCUGCCAACAAAGGUGAUCGAGCUCACUGAAGAGAUGGCUACCACCCUGCCAAAGGAUGCCAAGGGUCGUGUCGAGAUGCCCGACUUUAUCUCCUUCGAGGAUGCCAAGCGCUUUGGAUUCAGUAAAGCUGACCUUAAGGAGAUUGAAGAUGAGCCCAAGCCACCAAAGGAACCAAAGGAGCCAAGGGAGCCACGAAGCAAGAAGCUGAGGAACAACAAUGAAGAUGAGGAAGACUCAACAACAGACGAGAAGAAGAAGAAGAAGACUAGCGAUCGUAAUAAGAAUAACGAGGAUGACGACAAGAAGGCAAAGCCAACAAAGGCGAGGCCAGCUUCAUCGGACUACUUAAAGAAUAAGAACACAAUCAAGUUCUAA